AUGCAUCUUAUGUACACUCUCGAUCAAGAUGGCAAGCGCAUCUAUACAUUGAAGAAAGUCUUGAGCGGCGAGGUCACGAAAUCCGCACACCCAGCUCGAUUUUCUCCAGAUGACAAGUACUCCAGACACCGAGUUACUUUGAAAAAGCGCUACGGCCUCCUUCUCACACAACAGCCAGACAAAGUUGCUGCGAAAAUGUGA